UGAAGGCAUGCUGCGAUGUCUCUCGCGCGCGCGGAUGCUGUUCGGUGAUCUGACAUGUAGAGCGGCUACUCUAGGCUAGCUUUUUCCAUGACCGGAAAUGCACUGCUGGCUGUAUGUACUUGGAUGCCCUGCCAAUCUGAUUACAUAGCCUGCAUCCACUUGGCGACCAAUCGAGCUCUCGAUGAUCCUCGGCCUUCUGACAGCAUCCGUCAUGCGCGGUCUUGGUGUUCGCCAGAGAGUACUUGGAAUGUCCCCAACAACCCAGCCAGAUCGAUGAAGCAAAGCGUUGCCGUCGAUCUUUCCAAUGCACCCCAGCUCCUAUGGCUGCCUAUGCCAUGUUCGCCAAAGAGAGUCGAUCAAAGCAGGCUCCUUCGUCGCGAUCCUAGCUCUUGAUUGAUGAUCGGUGCCGAAGCCGUCUUAUAUGUUGCCCCAGAGCGUUUUAGGUCGAAAAAGUGCGUG